GUGUGUCGUCCCACGUCCCACGUCCCGCCAUCCCACCGACCCCAACCCAAUCCAACCGUCCACCAACGCUUUCCCACCCCAACACUCAACCAUCAACAACAACAUCCAAUAAUCCAUCCCCCAUCAUGUCGCAAUUCUUCGGAUACGGUUCACAACAACAACAACAACAUCAACAACAACACCACCACAUGAACACUCACUCCCACAACCACCAUGGCGGCCGAUCACGGAGAGCCCCAAGGGUUUCGGCUGCUCAACACCAGAAGCAGUUCCGCCAGGUCCGAACACCAAAAGAGUUCGUCGUGGAGGCUCCGACAAUGACCGCCUUCAAGCGCGACUUCGAGGCCGCACGAUCGUUCGACCUCGAGGACGAUGAGCUCUUCUGCCCUUUCCACCUGCUCACUGAGGAUGAUCUUCAAUCCAUCCACUCUGCUGGCUCCGACCGUUCGUCGUUGUCGAGCGGUUCGCCUGAACAGUCUCCCCUGCAGCAUCAACUCCAACCCACCCCCUCGUUCGUACUAUCAUCUGCUCCCAACCCAUACACUCCUGCUGGCUUCCAACACUCCAACAACUCUUCCCAGACGAAGCUCCACCAGCCACUAGCACAACGCACCCGCAAUGCCAUCCCCAUUGUCGACCCGUCGACUCGAACUGUCGCAAGCCCACCCCCGUCUGUCUCCCCCAACCGACAGAUGCAGCAGCAGUUCAUGUCUCGACGCUGGUAGUAGCCCGGCUGGCACGAGGCUUGGCGUUUUCUGUUCGGUUGGCAUUGCGGCGUCCCUUCGUUGUUGUCUAGUGGCUCAUCCCCAUCGUGCCGGAUCCCUUCUUUGGCCCCGGCAUGUCCCUUCCAGGAUUUAAUUCUCUUCUCCACCCCCCUGAUAUCC